UCGGCUUAAGAGCACUUAAUCUGUCAUUAGGGAGUUAUUUUCAGACACCCACCAGCGACGGACACCGGCUGGCUUCUUUAACCCGCCGCCCGAACCUCUCCUCUUUCGGUAUAUACCGCUUGUUGUUGUUUACUUAUUUACGUGAGAGGGAGAGAAUAAGAAAACUUUUCCACGCGCGUCCUAAAAACCUCCGUGUGUGUCCUUCCAAAAGACAGCACGGCCGUACUCGUGAGCCUCGCCAGCGCGAUGGAGAUGGAGCAUUUUGACGACCGGGACAAAGGUCAGCGUCACGGCCGGUCCAGUGCGAAGAUGAACGGCGUGCCGAGUCCGACGCACAGUGCCCACUGCAACAUGUACCGGACCCGGACCCUGAAGACUCUGACCAGCGAGAAGAGAGCCAAGAAGGUCCGUUUCUACCGCAACGGAGACCGCUACUUCAACGGGAUUGUAUACGCCAUCUCCACGGACCGGUUCCGGACCUUUGACGCCCUGCUGGCGGACCUGACCCGCUCUCUGUCGGACAACGUCAACCUGCCACAGGGCGUCCGGACCAUCUACACCCUGGAUGGCUGCAAGAAGAUCACCAUCAUAGAGCAACUGGUAGAAGGUGACAGCUACGUGUGCAGCUCCAUCGAAGCGUACAAAAAGUUGGAUUACACAAAAAACGUGAACCCCAACUGGUCCGUAAACGUCAAGGCCUCGGCUGUGUCCUCCCGCGGGCCUCCCUCUCUGGGCAGCGCCAAGGCCGGUGGCCCAGAAAGCCGCGAAAUGAAGGACUUCAUACGCCCGAAGCUCGUGACGCUGGUGCGGAGCGGAGUGAAGCCCCGCAAAGCCGUGAGGAUCCUUCUGAACAAGAAGACGGCCCACUCCUACGACCAAGUCCUCACCGACAUCACCGACGCCAUCAAGCUCGACUCCGGAGUGGUGAAGAAGAUCUACACACUGGAGGGCAAACUGGUGUCGUGUCUCCAGGACUUCUUCGGCGACGAGGACGUCUUCGUAGCGUGCGGACCGGAGAAGUUCCGCUACCAAGACGACUUGAUGUUGGAUGAGAGCGGCGAGGCUUCUAAGUGUCGUAUGAUGAAGGCGGUGACCUACGGGAAGAUGUCUGCCUCUCUGAGCCGAGGCUCCCCCAGGACUGUCCUCCAAUCACAACGCAGCAAAUCCCCUGCAUCCAUGAACGGGACGCCGGCCAGUCCGCUGUCAACUCCUCAUUCGGGAAAAUCUCCCAGCCCCUCCCCGACCAGCCCAGGCAGCCUCAGCCGAAGCCAGGAAAAAGGAAAAUCCGCGACUGAGCAUAGGCCGACUACAUCUUAGAGUUGCUAGAGAUACGAAGAAACCACAACAUCCCAACAUCUUUAGUGUCUCAGAAAGGGGAUUGGGCUUUGACCUUUGACCUCUGGGAUUCCAAGAAUGGCAGAAUCAUGUUAGGAUUCUCUAAUGUUACAUUUCUUCUCCAGUGUUAAUCGAUUUUCGAGGGCAAUUCCUCAUUUCAUGCUGAUUUCCUGUCACGUUCCCACAUAUGCUGACCUAAAGCUCUGUGCUCCUCGAGGGGAACUCUAUCGGCCUUUGGUAGCUGAACUAUGAAGGAUGCUAUCACUGACUUUUAGAGGUCAGUCAGUCAGUAAAUUGCACGAUAUCUAAAAAUAAGACGGGUGGUUGGCUUUGUCUGCGACAAUCUUCACGUCGGUUUUUAAUCUGACAAAAAUUGAUUUGCAACAGAUCCCAAGCAGAGGAAAAAAAACAAAAAAACAAUCAGUACCAACUGCUGAUCGAGGAUAAUUUUUGUAUCACGUCAUGUCAUUUUGUACAAAACCCUUUUGUGUAAAAGAUUUAGAAACAACAUUUUGUACUAUUAAUUCGGAUUAUCUCAGCCAUCUUUUUAUCAGGUAUUCUGUCAUUGACCUGGGUUUAAAAAAGAAAAUCCUUGUCAAAACAUCUACCGAUCACAAUGUGUUUGCUGUAGCUAACAGGGGAGGAAAGAUGAUGUGAGACGCAAACACACACUAUGUACACACACUGUAAAGCUGGUCGUCCCUGCAGGGAGAACACGGCUGUGCAGAGAAGGGAGCAUGCAACUCAAACGGAAAACAAAAUUCAAGUCCACAUUCCAAUAGUUCAUGUGCAGGGCGGUUGUGUGCGUGUGUGUGUGUGUGUUAUGUGUGUGUGUGUUAAUCUAGUUCUAGACAGUGACGAUGGUGAGCUUUUAACAUCAGCAUCAAAUCUUAAUCAGUCCCUGUUUUCUCGCAGCAGCUCUUUAAUUUUGCGGGUACCUCUAAGCCUGCUGAUGAUUAAGUUCCUUCUCCCUCAUGCACAAACACUUGCGCGCUCGGUUCACCUCAGCCUCCCACAUUCAGACACACACACAGCGCUGUAUUUAUUUAGCUAUUAUUGAGCGAUGUAUUGGUGCUGGGACAAACCUUUUUCUUUUUGGAAGUAAAAAAAGGCAACAAUGUUGUUGGAGUGGAUACCUUUUUAAAUAGGACACAGAGUAUUGAGUGGGAUGUGAACUAUUCCCGUAAAUGAGUGUGUGUGUGUAGGCUAAAAUCAUCAUAGCAUAAAGAAUUCAUCUCCUGGGCUCAGUAGCUUCUGUCUCGUGCUACAUUUGCCAGGAAGAAUUCAUGAAUGGUGGCGAGUCCGGCCCAAUCUGGUGAUGAGGUUACAUUGAUGUGAUAUGAAGGUCGGCCAGGGACGGAUCAGCGACACGUCAGAUUUAGGUUGUAGCGACCGAGGAACAGAACAAGCUGCACCGAAACAACCACAGUCUUCCGUAUAAUAGAAAUGGGUCACCACAGACUGAAAGGGAGAGAAAUUGGACAUAUUAAUGAACUCUCAGCUCUCUCCGUAUACUUAUCGCCUUAAGAGGACUCAGUUUCUGCUGCUUUGUUAUUUCCUCUGUUAUUUCCUUUAUUUAAUUCAGGGUUAGAGACGUGAAGGAGGGAAAACCAGAUGUACUGAGAAAAAGGGAAAAGAAUAUUGCCCCGUCCUUUCCACAUUGAACCACACUCCUACAUGUCCUUUUACUUCUGUCCCCUUUACUCAUCAGACAUUAGCAAUCACACAUGAUCUCUUGGAGUUUUAAAAGCAUGUUUUUCUCAACGAGAGAUUAUUUGGGUCUCCGUACUCGCCGAUUCUCUGAAAUAAGCCCGCCAUGGCUAGCCCGGAAGGAAGGGAGGAGAACUCGCAGCCCACUGUCUCUCCUCUCCACUCGGCAGCUUCACACUCUUCUUCAGCUAUAUGGUGUAAUUCUCUCUCGCCAUAUCAUACUUUUUUCUAUCCGCCCUGUUAGCGAUUCUUUCUCUGUUCCGUCUCUCGCUAAUCAUCUCUAAUUCCUCUUUCACUCCAUCUCUCACCCAUUCUCAUUCCCCCCCGCCCGCUGCACACACACACACACGGCUCUGCCAGCUUCUCAUUUCCCCAUAUGAAAGGGUAUUAACUUCACAGGGAGAAAUUAUAUUCCGUCAUUUCCUUUGUAGAUUAAUUAUAAGCUUCUUGGGGGAAGUAGGUGCCACGUUUCUGACACUAUAUUUGCACAGCUCCUCUCCCUCUAUGUCACCUCAGUGUGAACAGGUAUCAAUAAUCACAAAUUGUAACACCCGGUUCUGUUUCUCCUGUGUUCCGUGUCUCCUAUGUCUCCUCUGUCUCCUCUGUCUUGAUUGUUUAAUUCCCUGCACCUGCCCUCAGCCACUCUUGUCUCGUUACUGUCUGAUGUCGUACACCUGUGUUUCCCCCCCCCAUAUAUUGUGUCAGUCUUUCCCUUGUCUGCUUUCGGAUUGUCGUCUCUAGUUCUGUGUCCUUUCCCCCGUCAUCCUGUCCGUGUUCCUGGUUCUGCCUGUUUGACCCUGCCUGUCCCGAACCUGGAUUCUCUGCCUGCCCCGUUUGGACCUUGUUUUUUUAAAGAGUGCUUUUUUUGGUUAUUUAUAUUGCGUCCAGUCUGUCACUCUGCGCCUGAGCAUCACCCCGUCACAAGAACCUGACACAAAUAGGAAAUACACGUAACCAAAUCCUUCUAUUGUUUAUUGUAAUUAUUCACCAUAACACCCAAUACGCAUCACUUAAUUUUAACCAAACCAUGACACAGAAAUGACCCUUUCCCUUUAAAUAAAACUAGACAUUUUUAUAUCUCCGUUCUUCAAAGAACAUCUGGGGCUCAAAUAUGCAGAUUUUUUGUUGUUGCAAUGUCAGCCUUGGAUGCAUUGAAAGGACCAUAAAUCUUAUUUCCUCAGCAGCCUCAGUGACCCAAUACGAGUACAGCAUUUAAAUAGUUCACCUCGCUGGACCCUGCAUUUAAACACUUACAGGCACUUUGCUGCCUGGUGCAGCCUCAGUCCAGUCCAACCUAUUUCCUCGAGCAGAAUACACAGACAUGGCAUUAUUGCACUGUGCUUUUUCCAUUCCCCGUGCACACACACACACACACACACACACACACACACGUGCACACAGCUUUGUGGCAAUUGCACACAAAAUCACUUGUACGCUCAUGUAUGCUUCAGAAAAAAACACUUUUACGCAUUAAAUCCCCAUGUGUGCACAGCUCCAUGCACAUUUACACAUGUUAUGCAUCUUAAAUGUUUGGUGCACGCUAUAGCCAUCCAUCUUCUCUGUCCCCUUUACGUUUCAGAGCCCCCUCAAGGCCUCUUGCCUCACUAAGAAAAGCCUACUUUCUCAUUUUCACAUUGCUUUUACACACAUAUUUAUUUUAUUUUAAACAUACAGACACACACACAGAUUGAAAGCAGGACAAACAGAAGGUCCGUGAUACCAAUACAACAGCUGCGAUACGGUCAGGUGGCUGUUUGUGUGAGCGUGUCAGAGAAAGAAAGUGAUAACUGACAACCGUAGUAUGUCACCUACAUCCUCCUCUCAGCGUUGAGUCACUCACUUCCAUAAUCCUUUGAAUUGCAUGCUCCAUCUCUCAUUACCGUCCAUAUUUUAUGUUGGGUGAUUCAUAGUUAAAUAACGUGUGAACGAGUGUGUGGCAGUGUGUUUGUGUGUGUGUGUGUGACAGAGAGCGAGCAGCCUGAAGGUGUGUUUUAUGAAGUUGUUAAUCAUUGUCUCAUCUCAUACAUAUGAGUGUGUUGUUACUAAAGGUUGUGUUUGUUAUUUGGUUGUAUUAUAUUUCUCAUUUCCUGUGGUGUUGAUGUCAUUUGAAGGCUUUGUCCAAUUGUUGUUCCCACAGUAUAUAUCUGCCAAAACAGACUGGCUGCUGCACAUGACUGGAAGAUUUAGCAAUCGCUGCGAUUUUAUGGCUUAAAGAUUGUUUGACUUUCAUAUUUUAUGCUUCAAAUUGUUCACAAAUGAUUACAAUCUGGCUUUACAUAUCUUUAAUUGGUAACAUUGCUUUCGGCAGAAGGCUUCAGGAUAUUCUUUGCACUUCUAUUUACAUGCAUGUAAGAUGUAAAUGUAAAAAGUGUCCGUGUGCUCUAUCACACAUUAUAUUUGAUAACCUAGACCAUCAUUUUACAAAUUGUGAUUGUGUCAUGUAAGGCUGCCAGCUCUUCUUGGCUCAUUUGUUUCUGUUUGUUCUUUAUUUGAUCUUUCUUUAAUGUAUUAAUUUCCAUUUGCUGAUGUGUUGUCAUCAUUAAAUUCAUUGUCAUUUCAUUUC